CCCCGCGUGCGCCUCCCGUGUCCUGGGGUCAGUGCACCUGUGCGGGUCGGCAGAGUUGUCUGCGCGCGCUCUAUGGGGGGUGGUGCUGUGGCUCUGGCGUGCCCCCCGGGUGGCGUGUGGCUGGAGCGGCUUGCGCGGGUGUGCGGGAUGUGUGCGUGUGUGUCCCGUCUCAUCCGUGGCUGGCUGUGUGUGUCUCCGGGGCACGUGUCCUUGCCAUGGUGCGCCUGGUCCGGGUGUCUGUGUGACUUGUGGGGUGUGUGUGUGCACGCGCGCGCGUGCGAGGGGGGUUGUCUGGUUGUCUCUGUGUUGGGCUGUGUGUCUGGCAUUGCUGCCUGGGAUUUGAGGAUCCCAGGCUCUGUGGGGUGCACACGAUGCAGCCUGUCUGAGCCUUGUGUGUAUGUGUGUGCGUGUGUGUUGGGUCGGGUCUAGGGCUUGUUGCUGUGCUCAUGCGUGUCAUGUGGGCUGCCUGUGUGUAGUGUUUAUGUCAGUCACGUGAGCCCAGUGUUUUCUGUCCCUGCUCUAGGUGUGUGCGCUGCUGUUGCUGUGCGGGAUUAGUUAGCUGUGGGGCGCGCGCGUGUGUGGGUGCUGACAGGUGGCGGUGGGCUGGGGUUGGGAGAGGCAGGUGGGCUGCUGACUGCUAUGGUGCUGCCGCCCGCUGCAUGGGGUGGGGGGUGCGGGGUGCCUCUGGGGGCCCCCUCUCCACGUGUCCCGGAGUCUGGAAGUUGGUGCCCGUGCUGUGCUGGUGAAGUGGCGUCUGUUCUGUGUUGAUAUGUGUGUGGGUCCGGGCAUGCGGGCGGCUUAUCUCUGGGGAGUGUGCCUGUGCUUUGAUGGCUACAUUGUGUGUCCCCAGGGCGUCUCCACAGUGGGUCUGUGUGUGCCAUCUUGACAGUGUGUUUGUGUGUGUGGAGGGGGGCACCGGGUUGGGUGGUGGCAGCCACUGGGUCAUGUGUGCAGGGUGCUUGUGAUGGUGUGUGUGUGUGUGUGUGUGUGUGUGUGUGCAGGACACUGCCGGCCAGUGUUGGAGGCUGGGACCAUCGCAGAGUCUAUGUGCCAGUGGGAGCAGGCUGGCUGGUUUGGGCCCCAGGGAGCGCCAUGGCCCGCGCACGCCAGGAGGGCAGCUCUCCGGAGCCCGUAGAGGGCCUGGCCCGCGACGGCCCUCGCCCCUUCCCGCUUGGUCGCCUGGUGCCCUCGGCCGUGUCCUGCGGCCUCUGCGAGCCAGGGCUGCCCGCCGCUCCCGCCGCCCCCGCCCUGCUGCCCGCCGCCUACCUCUGCGCCCCCGCCGCCCCGCCCGCCGUCACCGCCGCCCUGGGGGGCCCCCGCUGGCCUGGGGGUCCCCGCAGCCGGCCCCGAGCCCCGAGGCCCGACGGUCCCCAGCCGUCGCUGUCCCCGGCCGAGCAGCACCUGGAGUCGCCCGUGCCCAGCGCCCCGGGGGCCCUGGAGGGCGGCCCCACCCCGGCGGCCCCGGGAGUCCGGGGCGAGGAGGAGCAGUGGGCCCGAGAGAUCGGGGCCCAGCUGCGGCGGAUGGCGGACGACCUGAACGCGCAGUACGAGCGGCGGAGACAAGAGGAGCAGCAGCGACACCGCCCUUCGCCCUGGAGGGUCCUGUACAAUCUUCUCAUGGGACUUCUGCCCUUACCCAGGGGCCCCGGAGCCCCGGAGAUGGAGCCCAACUAGGUGCCUGCACCCGCACGGUGGACGUCGGGGACUCGGGGGGGCAGGACCCUCCCGCCUCCUGACGGCCCGGCCAGCGCGGGGAACUCUUUUUCUGCACCAUGUAGCAUACGGGACUCCCAGCUCUGCCUGGCCCAGCCUGGGCGCACUGACGAAGAGACGACCCAGACGUGGACUCCUGCGUCCCUGGCUGAGACCCGGACUCUGAAGGCGGCGGGGACCGAGGGGGUGGGGCCUGAGCCGCCCACCUCCGCCGCCCACCACCAUCUCAGGAAAGGCUGCUGCUGCUGGCCGCCCGUCCCAGCUGCACGGUGACACUGGGUCUCCGCCCGGUGCCCCUUCACUUUGGGCCUGGCCCCAGGCCCCUGGUGCUUCCCCCCCUCCUCCUGGGGAGGGGGCCCGUGAAGAGCAAAUGAGCCAAACGCGACCCCUGGCCUCCGGGAGCCAGAGGAGGGGAGCGGCGGCGGCGGCCCCCAGCCGUCGUCCCUGAGCCAGCCGGUGGGUGGUGGGCUCGCCUGCCUCACCUUCAUCUGGGGGUGGCCGGGGGGUGGGGGGGCCCAGACUGUGAAUCCUGUGCUCUGCCCGUGACUGCCCCCGUCCUCAUCAAUCUCAUCGCAUAGGUUUAGAGAGAGCACGUGUGACCACUGGCAUUCAUUUUGGGGGGUGGGAGAUUCUGGCCGAAGCCGCCCCAGCCUCAGUCCCCAGGGCCAAGCGCUGAGGGGGGGGCCGGGGCGUCAGGGAGGGGGGUUCUCGGAGGAGGGAGGAGUCUGGGAGUGGGGAGGGUGGCCCAGCCUGUAAAAUACUGUAUAUGCGCUGCUGUAGAUACCGGAAUGAAUUUUCUGUACAUGUUUGGUUAAUUUUUUUUGUACAUGAUUUUUGUAUGUUUCCUUUUCAAUAAAAUCAGAUUGGAACAGUG